UGCGUCAAGGCGCAGCGAGAAUGCGUGCCCAGCUCGGGCAUCACCUUCCGACACCAGCAAAACCCGUCGAUGAAUGGCGAGGACACGGACAGCCUGAAGAGCUUCUAUGGAUACAAAGAGACGUUCGCCAAAAGCACAACGUGGGUGGGAGUGCCCAAGGACCUCACCUUUGUGCACACCAGCAACCCAUACGAAGACGAAGAUGCCGACGAAUUCGGACCAGGACCGGCGCUGGCACACCAAAGCUUCGGGCAUGCGCAGAGAGAUCAUGAGUAUGCUCUGGAUCAGGCCGCAUAUCCUGCCUAUGCCACGCAUGGCCUUGAGGCUUUGAGCCACCUAGCAUACUUGCUCCGAGAUGCGCGAAACCAUGCCUUGGCCUGGAUGGACUUGUAUGAUUCCAACUCUUUCUUCGCGGCAAGAGUGCCAGUGCUGGCUGUCGAUUGCCCUCUGCUUCUCUACUCGUGCGCGUGCUUGAGCGCGAAGAGCCUGGCUCGUGUGGAUGGAAGGAGACCGAUUAUGGACGGCCAAUUCUGGCCCGGCCCACCAAUGGAUACAGAAUCCUGGAUGAGGAAAGGUAGAGAAUACUAUGAUAUCGCAGUAUCACUUUUGCGACAGUCGCUGGCUGGCGCGUCUCGGCCGCGGACGUCUUCGCUGCCAGCCACGGCAGCGACUCUGAUGAAUGUUCAAGGCGCGCCGCUGCCGACCACAGAUUCGGAUGAAUUGGUUGCCGCUACCGCUAUUCUGUGUGUGUAUGAAUUCUUAGAUGCAUCUGGCCCGGAAUGGAGUAGGCACCUUGAUGGCGCCAAAACCCUAUUCGACAUUGCAAAAGACCAAGCACAGCUCGCAAGCCGAGCGAGUCCCGGAUAUUCUGUCCCACGUGUGAAGGCAUUGAGCCCAGGUCGAAAGGCUGUGUUCUGGAACUUUGCUCGACAGGACAUGCUCUCGGCUUUCAUCAACAAUACUUCAACAAGACUGGAUACGGGAGAUCUCUCAAUGUGGCGGAGUGCUGGUCUCCAACUGACCCUUGAUGGUUACGUAUGUCCUUCUCAUCCGCAAUGCUCGGGGUAUGUCGCUGAGCAGGCAAUGGGAGAUGACAUGAUAGGAAAUGCAUUAGUGUGGCUUGUGAUGAAGCUGGUAAACUUUAUUGCGGCGGGUAAUGAGGUCCAGGAGGAUAUAUCGCCCUUAGGCUUGGAUGUUCGACAAAGAGAGCUGCUCGAGCACUGGGAGAGCCUAGAGCAGCAGCUUCACGUAUGGCAUGAAGGCUUGCCUGAUGGUUUCCGUCCUGUCGCUAUUCGGAGAUCUGCUUUGGAGUGCGAGACCGAGUACUGGAUACCACGGCCUAUGUGCGCAAGUACCAUGCAAUGGUACAACUUUGCCAAGAUUCAGCUCUUGCACAAUAAACCACAUUUGUCUACAGCGACGCCUCUGACGGGUGUGUUGGGGUCAUCAGCACCGGGGACACCAGGAACCUCGCUUGCCGCGCGACAUGCUAGUGACGCAUCUAUCCUGCAACAAUCUAGGGCUCAUGCGAAAGCAAUCAUUGCUAUCUCGAAUGGGAGGUCAGACGAGGGAACAAGAAUCCACUCCGUUCAGCCCAUGUGGACUGCGGGUUUGGUCAGUCACGAAGCCGAGACUUGGCGGAAAGCUAUCGUGGAUCUGCUCCGUGGACUUGAGCGGGAUAUGGGAUGGGCCAGCGAGUAUCGUGUGCAGAGUCUGCUCCAGCUGUGGGGUUUAGAU